GAAAAUCUUCUCCCUCAGAAAAAAAACUAAUUUUGCUGAGAUGGCAGAACAACAAGAGGAAGAUCUCUGAGGAACGUGACCAAAGAGGAAGACAGAUUUCAAAACCGACUUUCACAGAAUUACAAAAAAAUACUGUUUCAGUCCGUCAGAGAAGGGCAGAAAUGUGGAGAAUAUGAGCUUCUUCUAGACUCUUGAAGCUCCUCCUUCGCUCGGCCACUCCUCUGCCCCGUCAUUCUUCACUCCAUCGUCUUCACUUCUUCAGAUACUCGAGUUUUAAGAGAAAUGGCUCCAAACUCACCAAAAGACAAGUACUUCGGAGUGUGGCUGAUCUUCUUCAUGCUUGGUCUGGGGACGCUUCUGCCAUGGAACUUCUUCAUGACCGCUACAACGUAUUUUACCAGCCGACUGAAGGACUCGUCUUCAUCAGAUCUUCUGGUCAACCAAACAGAGGCAGCAGGUCAACGGCGCACAGUUUUAGAGGCUAUAUUUAACAACGUGAUGACCAUGUGUGCCAUGCUGCCCCUUCUGCUGUGCACGUGUCUCAACUCUUUCCUGCAUUCACUAAUCCCGCAGCGCCUGAGAGUGAUGGGAAGUCUACUCGUCAUCAUGUUGGUCUUCAUCAUCACAGCCAUUCUGGUUAAAGUCCCCCUGGAUCCACUGCCCUUCUUCUGUCUAACUAUGGUGAAGAUCGUCAUCAUUAACUCUUUCGGGGCGGUUCUUCAGGGCAGUCUGUUUGGGAUGGCCGGUUUGCUCCCGGCUUCUUACACGACCCCUAUCAUGAGUGGUCAGGGGCUGGCUGGAACGUUUGCUGCCUUUGCCAUGAUCUGCGCGAUUGCAAGUGGUUCCAACAUACAAGAUGCUGCCUUUGGUUAUUUCAUCACGGCCUGUGGAGUCAUUUUCAUGUCCGUCCUGUCCUACAUCCUCCUGCCUAAAUUGGAAUUCUUCCAGUUUUAUCAGGAGAGAAAACAUCAACUCACAUCAGACGACAGACAGAACUCCCUUCAGCUGAUUAACAAAGACAUGAAGGAGCCAGUACCUGAUGUGGUGGAACCAAACAACAUUUCCUGCAUGGUGAGGAUCUUUAAGAAGAUCUGGGUCUUGGCGUUGUCGGUGUGCUUUCUGUUCACGGUCACUAUUGGGAUAUUUCCUGCCGUCACUGCCGACACUCGGUCUACCCUCGCAGCAGGAGGCUCCUGGGAGAAGUAUUUCAUCCCAGUUUGCUGCUUCUUGCUCUUCAACUUGUGUGAUUGGAGUGGGCGGAGCUUGACUGCUGUCUGUAUGUGGCCCAGAAAAGACAGUCUGGUUCUUCCUGUGUGUGUCCUGUGUCGAACGCUCUUCAUUCCCCUCUUCAUGUUGUGUAACGUUGAGCCUCGUUUUCACCUGCCAGUCUUCUUCCACCACGAUGGCUUCUUCAUCGUCUUCAUGAUCCUCUUUGCCUUUAGUAACGGAUACCUGGCGAGCCUCUGCAUGUGCUACGGCCCAAAGAAGGUUCUUCCUCAUGAAGCUGAAACAGCUGGAGCCAUCAUGGCUUUCUUCCUGUCUCUGGGUUUGGCCUUAGGAGCCGUGUCAUCCUUUCUCACCAGAGCGCUGGUCUAACUGACCUGGAAGUCCAGCUCGCACAUGUGUGACGCUAAAACGACCUGCAGAGAAAACACCUCCUGUGAUUCUGUUAGAACGUAACAACUGCGUUAUUGAUGUGAUCUGAUACUGCUAGUCUGAACUAACAUGUUUAGGUCCAGGAAGGUGGUUCAGGUCUGACUCAGAGACUAUGAAUGUAAGGUCAGGAUUCGUUGAGAGAGUUGACUGUCUCACCCCUUAACCCAAGAUCUCGUUGGCUCUUGACUUUGUUCUGGUGGUAGUGCAAUGAACUGAUUCAGUAAAUGUAUGAAUGUCAUUGAAAUUACGUGGUUCCGCUUUUAAAAAUCUGACCUGGAGUGGACUGCUGACCUCUAUCGGAAGGACGACGAUCUGGAUUAUCAACCUGAGAAUUAUCUGAACUAAGAUUAUUUAAUUGUUUGUACUUUCCUAAGUAUAUGAAGGCAUUUUGAAGUGACUGAUGAAUUGAUUAUAAAAAAAAUAGCAUUUAAGAGUUUUGAAGGAAAAUAAUUAGAGGUGUUGAAUUUUAAUCACUAACUGGAUGAAAGCACUCAUGUAUCUGGAAUAAUCAAAUUAUAAUGUUAUUUUCUGGGUUUGUUCAGAAAUGUUUAUGAGUUAAAUGUCAUUGAAGUUUUUGUUUGAGGCACUUCGUUUGGGAAUAAAAAUAAAAUUUUAAGUAAAGUAAUUUUUUCCCACCA